AAGAGAACUGAGGCACACGUGUUGUACUUUAUGCUCUCUCGCUUCCGUCCUCGUUUCCAAUUUCAUAGGAAUAUCUCGAAACAAGCAAUCAGAAUGUCACAGGAACCCAGAGUGGUUUCUGUAACAGACCUUCCAACCAAUGAAGCCAAAUGGAUCACUUUAAAGAAAAUCAAAUACACCGAUGCAGAGGGCCACGAACGUCUUUGGGAAGUUGCCCAACGCAAGACGCGCAAGUCUUCCGGCAUCGAUGCCGUCGCUAUUCUCGCCAUCUUAAAGUCCAAGGCCAAUUCUUUCCCUCCCUCGAUUGUUGUAGUCGAACAAUACCGUCCUCCGAUCGGCAAGUUUAUCGUUGAACUCCCCGCAGGUCUCAUCGAUGAAGGAGAGACCCCUGAACAGGCCGCUAUCCGCGAACUGGAGGAAGAAACUGGAUACAAAGCUGAUUCAGUGAUUGAGUCCUCACCCAUCCUUGUAUCAGAUCCUGGCAUGACCAAUGCUAAUAUGAAACUCGUCGUCCUCAAUGUCACCUUGGAAGACAAACUUGAGACCCCAGAUCAGAAGCUCGAAUCUGGAGAAUUUAUUGUACGGAGGGUUGUAGAGCUGAAGGAAUUGUUGAAUGAACUCAAAGCUUAUGACAGUAGGGGAUUUAUUCUAGACGCACGGCUUCAUCACCUGGCAGCUGGAUAUGCAAUGGCACUCAAUGGUGUAUAAAGGGAAUCCGUAUCGACUGAAGAAGAUUGUAUCAUUAAUUACCUGAAACGAAUUAAUGA